CCCCGGUGAGGAGGACAGAGAUACGAAGAUGAUCUCAAAGGAUGAGAAGGGCCGUGGGGGCAGUGGUUCUGGCAGAAACUUGUGGGUUAGUGGCCUUUCAUCCUCUACUAGAGCUACAGACUUGAAGAAUCUGUUCAGCAAGUAUGGAAAGGUGGUUGGUGCCAAAGUGGUGACCAACGCUCGCAGCCCCGGCUCCCGCUGCUACGGCUUUGUCACCAUGUCAACAGCUGAGGAAGCCACCAAGUGUAUUAAUCACCUCCACAGGACAGAGCUGCAUGGCAAAAUGAUUUCAGUGGAAAAGGCAAAAAAUGAACCGGCUGGGAAAAAGCCUUCAGACAAAAAGGAAGGGGAAACAAGGAAGGAAAAAGACAGGCACCAUCCUGCAGAGUCCAAGUCUGAGAAGUCUGUUGGUGUUAAGAAGGAGGAGAAGCCUGACAAAAAGGAUGAGGCUAAGAAAGCAGAAAAAGAUGGAAAAGACGAAAAAGAAGGAAAAGAGAAAGAUGACCAAAAGGCUGGAUCUGAUAGAUCCAGGGCAAGCAAGUCAGCGAGUCGAGGAACUGAGAGGACGGUCGUGAUGGAUAAAUCAAAGGGAGAACCAGUUAUUAGUGUGAAAACUUCCACAUCAAAAGAGAGGAGUACAAAGAGCCAGGAUCGCAAAUCCGAGAGCAAGGAAAAACAAGAUAUUUUAUCCUUUGAUAAAAUCAAAGAGCAGCGAGAGCGGGAGCGGCAGCGACAGCGGGAGCGGGAGAUCCGGGAGACGGAAAGGCGCCGCGAGCGAGAGCGGCGGGAUCGGGAGCAGCGGCUUCAGGCUAUUCACGAGCGGGAUGAGAGGCAGCGGCUGCAGAGGGAGCGGGAGCGGCUGGAAUUCCAGAGGCAGCGGCUUGACAGAGAGCGCCUGGAGAGGGAGAGGUUGGAGAGGGAAAGAAUGCACAUAGAGCAGGAGAGGAGGCGAGAGCAGGAGCGGAUCCAGCGGGAGCGGGAAGAGCUGCGGCGUCAGCAGGAGCAGCUCCGCUAUGAACAGGAGCGGAGAUCUGCUAUGCGGAGGCCCUACGAUCCCGAUGGCAGGCGGGACGACCCGUACUGGUCCGAGGCGAAGCGGAUGGCGCUGGACGAUCGGUACCAUUCCGAAUUCAGCCGCCAGGAUCGCUUCCACGACUUCGACCACAGGGACCGUGGCCGGUACCAGGAUCAUUGUUUGGACAGAAGAGACGGUUCGAGAGGAAUACCGGAUCGCGAUGGGCAGCACUACCCGGAGGAGCGGCACGGAGGCCCCGAGCGGCAUUCCCGGGAUAGCUGGGGUGGCUACGGCUCUGACCGGAGGAUGAAUGAAGGGAGAGGGAUCCCCCCUCCGAGCCGAGCUGGCCGUGGCUGGGGAGAUGCUGGCCCAAGGUUAGAGGGGCACGGAGCUCGUUCAUGGCAGGGCAGUGUGGCUGGAGGAGUGAUGGGACGGGAUCGUGAGCAAGGUACACUUGCUGCUUCCAGUGUGGUUUCCCCUCUUCCUGCUGCUCAACUUCCAGCAGCAGUUCUGAAUCGAGGAGGGCUGUCAGGGCGCGGAGGCUUCACGCAGCUGGGGAGCCAGAGCCAAGCGCUGCCCAGCACCGGGAUCCAGGGAGUGUUUGCAGGACAGGAGCGGCCGCCCCGGCCCCCGGAGCCGCGCUUCACCCGACGCUACUGA